AUGCAAAAGAAGUAGGCGGAGGAGCGGCGUCUGCCAGAAGUUAAUAUGGCUCCAAUAGUUACACCGUACGUUCUCGUCACCUAGUCAGAGACCUCACUGCUAAAACCAGUUUGCCAAGGAGAAAUUAAGCUUCUUCUACCUCCUCACUACUGCGACUACAGAAGAAUCUGAAGCAAGGAGUCCUCUUAGUGGAGAUACACUCGGUACCCACAGAAGCACCACUUCCGCUGACGUCAUCACGCCGACACGUGGAUCCAAGAUGGCGGCGGCGAUGCAGAUUUGGUGGCCGAGGUCCCUGCUGCUUCUCUGUCUAACGUGUAAAGGAAGCACCUUCUAUGUCCCUGGAGUCGCACCAAUCAAUUUCCACCAAAACGACCCAGUAGAGAUCAAGGCUGUGAAGCUUACCAGCUCUAGGACGCAGCUUCCCUACGAGUACUACUCGCUGCCCUUCUGCCAGCCCGGCAAGAUAACCUACAAGGCAGAGAAUCUGGGAGAGGUGCUGAGAGGGGACCGGAUUGUCAACACCCCUUUCCAGGUUCUCAUGAACAGUGAGAAGAAGUGUGAAGUUCUAUGCAACCAAUCCAACAAGCCAGUAACCUUGACAGUGGAACAGAGUCGGCUGGUGGCCGAGCGAAUCACAGAAGAAUACUACGUUCACCUCAUUGCUGACAACCUGCCUGUGGCCACCCGGCUGGAGCUCUACUCCAGCAACCGCGACGGUGAUGACAAGAAGAAAGAAAAAGAUGUGCAGUUUGAACAUGGCUACCGACUUGGCUUCACGGAUGUCAACAAGAUCUACCUGCACAAUCACCUCUCAUUCAUCCUUUAUUACCACCGGGAGGACAUGGAAGAGGAUCAGGAGCACACAUACCGAGUCGUCCGCUUCGAGGUGAUUCCCCAGAGCAUCAGGCUGGAGGACCUCAAAACAGACGAGAAGAGUUCAUGUACCCUACCCGAGGGUACCAACUCCUUACCCCAAGAAAUUGACCCCACUAAGGAGAAUCAGCUGUACUUCACCUACUCUGUGCACUGGGAGGAAAGUGACAUCAAAUGGGCCUCUCGAUGGGACACUUACCUAACCAUGAGUGAUGUGCAGAUCCACUGGUUUUCCAUCAUUAACUCUGUCGUGGUGGUCUUCUUCCUGUCAGGCAUCCUCAGCAUGAUUAUUAUCCGGACCCUGCGGAAGGACAUCGCCAACUACAACAAGGAGGAUGACAUUGAAGACACUAUGGAGGAGUCUGGGUGGAAGCUUGUGCAUGGUGAUGUCUUCAGGCCGCCCCAGUAUCCCAUGAUCCUCAGCUCUCUGCUGGGCUCAGGCAUUCAGCUCUUCUGCAUGAUCCUGAUUGUCAUCUUCGUGGCCAUGCUUGGCAUGCUGUCGCCCUCCAGCCGGGGAGCUCUCAUGACCACUGCCUGCUUCCUCUUCAUGUUCAUGGGGGUAUUUGGUGGAUUUUCUGCUGGCCGUCUCUACCGAACUCUAAAAGGCCAUCGGUGGAAGAAAGGCGCCUUCUGUACAGCGACACUCUACCCUGGUGUGGUUUUCGGCAUCUGCUUCGUGUUGAAUUGCUUCAUCUGGGGAAAGCACUCGUCAGGAGCCGUGCCGUUUCCCACCAUGGUGGCGCUGCUGUGUAUGUGGUUCGGAAUCUCCCUGCCCCUUGUCUACUUGGGCUAUUAUUUCGGCUUCCGCAAGCAGCCGUACGACAACCCUGUGCGUACAAACCAGAUUCCCCGGCAGAUCCCUGAACAGCGGUGGUACAUGAACAGAUUUGUGGGCAUCCUCAUGGCUGGGAUCCUGCCCUUUGGUGCCAUGUUCAUUGAGCUGUUCUUCAUCUUCAGUGCAAUCUGGGAGAACCAGUUCUAUUACCUCUUCGGUUUCCUGUUCCUCGUUUUUAUCAUCCUGGUGGUGUCCUGCUCACAAAUCAGCAUCGUCAUGGUAUACUUCCAACUGUGUGCAGAGGAUUACCGGUGGUGGUGGAGGAAUUUCCUUGUCUCGGGGGGAUCUGCAUUCUACGUCCUGGUUUAUGCCAUCUUUUAUUUUGUUAACAAGCUGGACAUCGUGGAGUUCAUCCCUUCUCUUCUCUAUUUCGGCUACACCACCCUCAUGGUCCUGUCCUUCUGGCUGCUCACAGGGACCAUCGGCUUCUAUGCAGCCUACAUGUUUGUCCGCAAGAUCUAUGCUGCUGUGAAGAUAGACUGAAUGGGUGGACCAACGUUAGGCCCACUGGAUCCUCAGACAGGAAGCCACCCUGCGUGGGGACUGCAGGCACACAAAAUAAAAUAACUCGUGCUCAUUUGGAAUGUAACUCCUGGCACAGUGUCCCUAGACCCCCAGGCUGCACGGGAGGCAGGAGGGCCUGUAGAUAACCCUUCCAUUUCCUUCAUCUCAUCCAGUCUGUAGGGAUACAUUUUUCUGUGGUUGUUUUUCUUCAGCUAAGAGUCGCCUUCAGCAGGAGCUUUCUAACCUGUUAAUUCAGGUUCUUUUUGGUUUGGGUUGGGUUUUUUUUUGUUGUUGUUGUUGGUUUUUGGUUUGGGGGUUUUGGGUUUUUUUGUUUUUGUUUUUGUUUUUUUGGGGUUUUUUGUUUUUUAUAAAUGCAGAUCCAGGAUGCAUAAAUGUGGGGUUUUGGUCACUGUCCCCAUCAGCUCCUCAGAGUUGUUGGCCACCCUACCACUAACUGGAAGAGGAAACACUGGGGCUGCAGUGAGGGCUCCAAGCUUCUCAGUGCCAACCAAACCCUGCCAGCCCCUCCUCCCAUUCUCUUCCCCAGCCUGCCCUCUGCCACCCAGAGCAAGGCUACCAGCCAGGUCUUUGGUCUUCGUUUUGACUGGGAACACUUGGUCGGUUCAAGGACAUGUCCUGGUUCCCUGGGACAGCAGGAUCCCCUCAUCAAAGCAGCCAAGUUUACUGACCACCAAGGAAGAAAUGAGACCUGCAGUGACUGUUCUUGUGCCAAGAUUCCCUGAGCCAGGGCCAAGUGUUUCCAGAGCCAAGUGCCCAUGUGUGUAUGGGAAGAGGUGGCUAAAGCCACUAGACUAGGGUGCUCACCCCUCAAGAUUGAUCCCCAGUCUUUCCCUCAGGGGCGCCACUCUUUCUAAAGGGUGAUGGUGAACUCCUUCCCUCACUUUCAGGUCUGGAAUCUUCAGAUCUCUUCCUUGAGGUGGCCAGGGAGAGGAAGUCUCUCUCCUCAUGGCCCUUGGCCCCAGCAUUUAUUCUCAGUUGUUUAAGCCAGACCCAUUCCCUCUUCCUCCCAUGUAAGUUCUUUUGGGAACACCCAGAAAACUUCUCUGAGAAGGAAAAUGGAAGGUAAGUUGGCCUGCUCCUUUCCCAGUUCCUAAGAGUAGGCAAGAAGCCAGUCUCCCCAAGUUGGAUUGAGACUCAUGCACCUGGCCUAGCUCCUCUGCCGUAUCCCAGCCCCUGCAAACCCUGUGCAAGUCACAGAGUUUGCUCUUAAGUAGCAAGAGACCAAACGCACCUUGGGUGUAGGGUCAAUAGCAGCCCCUUGCCCUUGCUCCAGUCCUUUGGGAACCUGCCAGGAGACAAAGCUCAGGAUGCUGCUUAUACUAGGAACAUACCCUCCCCUUCAUUGCCCCUGCCUCCUGGGGCCCCACCACCAUCAGUCAAAUCAGUGCACCUCUCAAUCUUGCCUCACAGUGACUUCGCAGCACUGAGCGGCAUCCACCAAGAAUCAGGCUGGAGAAAUGGGAGCCCAAAGAGUGGAGAGUGAUUGGGAGUUACUUGUUCAUUCAAAUCUUGCACCCCACCCCCAAGGUUCUCGUUGUGGGGGAGGGGGAGGGGGGCGGUUCAAAUAUUGUCACUUUUUCUGACUUUUUAAAUCAUCAUCAUUAUUUUUAAUUAAAAAAAAUGCCUGUAUGCCUUUUUCUGGUCCAAUUGUAAAUAAAAUACCAUUGUCCUGUUGUCUCGACUCACA